AUGGGCAGUGAAACAUCCACAGUGGUGGAUGAGAACACCAAUCCCUCGGUACUAGAGGCGCGGAAUAUUGAGGCUGUGGCGAAAUAUAUCCAGGAUAAAAAUGUGCAACGCAUUGUGGUCAUGGUAGGAGCUGGUAUUAGUACCUCGGCGGGCAUUCCCGAUUUCCGUUCUCCAGAUACAGGUCUUUACGCCAACUUGGCCUUCCUCGAUUUACCAGAACCCGAGGAUGUGUUCGAUAUCAGUUUCUUCCGAGAGAAUCCUCGACCAUUCUACGCCUUGGCGCGUGAGCUGGCUCCUGGCCGGUACCGACCUACGAUUGUGCAUUCGUUCGUCAAAUUACUUCAUGACAAGGGCUUGUUGUUGAAACACUUUACGCAGAAUAUAGAUUGUUUAGAGCGCCUGGCGGGGGUGCCGGGUGAGAUGAUUGUCGAGGCGCAUGGAAGCUUCGCAUCGCAGCAUUGCAUUGAUUGCAAAGCUGCAUACCCAGAGACUCCGAUGAAGGAAGCGAUUGCAGAAGGAAAAGUACCCACCUGCCUCCAUUGCAAUGGUCUCGUGAAGCCGGAUAUUGUCUUCUUUGGAGAAGCCCUACCCGAAGAAUUCUUCUCGAGCCGGCAUCUUCCAGAACAAGCAGAUCUAUGCAUUGUGAUGGGUACGAGUUUGUCUGUACAGCCGUUUGCAAGCUUACCGGCAUUCUGCCCGGAAGGGAUUCCGCGCGUGCUCAUCAACAUGGAGCGGGUCGGAGGUCUGGGAUCCCGGCCCGAUGAUGUCCUUGUCCUGGGAGACUGUGACGCUGGGGUGCGACGAUUUGCAAAAGCGCUAGGCUGGGAACAGGAACUGGAGGCGUUGUGGGAGACCACGAACCCCGACCCAGAGUCGCGGGCUGCUGAGAAUGCUCCUCUACAGACAAGGGACGAGCGGCUACAUGAUGAGGUGGAGCGUCUGACGGAGGAAGUUGAUCGAACCUUGGGGUUGUCCGGGGCAUACCAACAACGGGUGCGGGAGCAUCUGGCGCACCAAUCCCAAAAGAACGUCGACAUUACUCAAGGCACGGCAACGGCCGAAGCCCUAUCCAGUAAGCAACCACUGUGCCAGUCAUCCGAGAUCUUUCGCGACGAGGAGAUGCAUGAAACACUGGGUGAGGAUAAGGCCCUUCUAGGUGUUGCAAAUGCAGUGACACUGCGGCCGACCGACAUCAACGACAGUGAAGUAGGAGGAGGAUUGGGACAUGUAUUCCCUCAUUUGACAGAUCGAAGGAAGAAGUCAUCUGCCAUGUGA